GGCCAACGCUUGAGCAAGUGAGGGAGGGAGGUUUGUAAAGGGGGUGGGGUGGGGGUGUGAGGGAGAGAAAUAUAUUUUUUGUUCGGGAUCACCCGGUGGAGGGGAGUAGAAAACGUCUGCUGUGAGGCGAGAGAGGCGGCGGGUGCGCGCCCGGUGGCUGGAGGCUGCACCAUGCAACAGCCGCAGCAACAGUACGAUUUCUUCAGCGAGGACAAUGCACCCAAAUGGCGGGGUCUGCUCGUCACUGCUCUGCGGAAGGUUCAACAACAAGUACAUCCCAAACUUAAAUCUACUGAGGAUGCUUUGCAAUAUAUUGAAGAGCUAAUUCUACAGCUACUAAGCAUGUUGUGUCUGGUUCAGCCCCGCAGUGUUCCAGAUGUGGAGGAGCGAGUGCAGAAAUCAUUUCCACAUCCAAUUGACAAGUGGGCCAUAGCAGAUGCUCAAUCUGCCAUAGAAAAACGCAAGCGUAGAAGUCCCCUUUUGUUGCCUGUUGAUAAGAUUCAUCCUCUUCUGAAGGAGGUUCUUGGAUACAAAGUUGACCAUCAAGUUUCUGUUUACAUCGUUGCAGUGUUAGAGUACAUAUCUGCUGACAUACUGAAGCUGGCAGGCAAUUAUGUGCGAAAUAUACGGCACUACGAAAUUACCCAACAGGAUAUUAAAGUAGCAAUGUGUGCUGAUAAGGUACUAAUGGAUAUGUUCCAUCAAGAUGAGGAAGACCUAGGUGUAAUAGAAGAAGAACCCAUUAACACUGGUGAACAAGCAUACUAUGAUUUAGUGAAGAUGUAUAUGUCUGAGAUCCGGCAAUAUCUAAGAGAACUGAAUCUCAUCAUUAAAGUCUUCAGGGAACCAUUUGUAUCAGAUGCAAAGCUGUUUUCUUCAAACGAUGUAGAAACCAUAUUUAGCCGUAUUAUGGAUAUCCAUGAGUUGACUGUAAAAUUAUUGGGCUUAAUUGAAGAUACUGUGGAAAUGACAGAUGAAGGUAGCCCCCAUCCCUUAGUGGGAAGCUGUUUUGAAGACUUAGCUGAGGAGUUAGCAUUUGAUCCAUAUGAAAACUAUGCACAGGAUAUAUUGCGACCUGGUUUUCAUGACCACUUCCUCAGCCUUCUAUCAAAGCCAGGUGCUGCAUUCUACUUGCAGUCAAUUGGUGAAGGUUUCAAAGAAGCUGUGCAGUAUGUUCUUCCCAGACUCUUAUUGGCACCCGUUUACCAUUGUUUGCAUUAUUUUGAACUGCUAAAGCAAUUAGAAGAAAAAAGUGAUAAUGAAGAAGACAAAGAAUGUUUAAAACAAGCCAUAACUGCACUACUUAACUUGCAGAGCAGUAUGGAAAGGAUUUGUUCAAAAAGCCUUGCAAAGAGAAGGCUGAGUGAGUCUGCCUGUCGCUUUUAUAAUCAACAAAUGAAAAGCAAACAUCUGGCAAUUAAGAAAAUGAAUGAAAUCCAAAAAAACAUUGAUGGCUGGGAAGGCAAGGAUAUUGGGCAAUGCUGUAAUGAGUUUAUUAUGGAAGGCACACUGACGCGUGUUGGUGCAAAGCAUGAAAGACACAUAUUCCUAUUUGAUGGCUUGAUGAUUUGCUGUAAAUCAAAUCAUGGUCAGCCUAGAUUACCUGGUGGAAGUUGUGCUGAAUAUCGUCUCAAAGAAAAAUUUUUCAUGCGAAAGGUACAGAUUAAUGAUAAAGACGACACUAAUGAGUACAGACAUGCCUUUGAAGUUAUCUUAAAAGAUGAAAACAGUGUAAUAUUUGCUGCCAAGUCAGCAGAAGAAAAGAAUAACUGGAUGGCAGCUUUAAUUUCUUUACAAUAUCGGAGUACACUGGAGAGAAUGUUGGAUGCCACUAUGCUACAAGAGGAAAAAGAGGAGCCACUUAGACUCCCAAGUCCUGAAGUGUACAGGUUUGCUGAGCCAGACUCUGAGGAGAACAUUGUAUUUGAGGAGAAUGUACAGUCUAAAUCGGGAAUUCCUAUUAUCAAAGCUGGAACUGUUAUAAAAUUAAUUGAGCGGCUAACUUACCAUAUGUAUGCAGAUCCAAACUUCGUUAGGACAUUCCUCACAACAUAUCGUUCUUUCUGCAAGCCUCGGGAGUUGCUUGGGCUUUUAAUUGAAAGAUUUGAGAUUCCAGAGCCAGAGCCCACUGAAGCUGAUCGAAAAGCUUUGGAGCACGGUGACCAACCUCUUAGUGCAGAACUGAAACGGUUUAGGAAAGAAUAUGUUCAACCUGUCCAGCUUAGAGUUCUGAACGUUUGUCGUCACUGGGUAGAACAUCACUUCUAUGACUUUGAAAGAGAUAUAGAGUUGUUGCGUCGUCUAGAGGAGUUCAUUGGGACAGUUAGAGGUAAAGCCAUGAAGAAAUGGGUUGAAUCUAUCAGUAAAAUUAUUCAGAGGAAAAAACAAGCACAAGCAAAUGGACCAUCACAUGCUAUUACAUUUCAAAGUUCACCCCCAUCUAUUGAAUGGCACAUAACUAAAGUUGAUCAGACUGAAGCAUUUGACUUGUUGACUUUGCAUCCAAUAGAGAUUGCAAGGCAGCUAACAUUAUUAGAAUCAGAUCUUUACAGAGCUGUUCAGCCAUCAGAACUAGUAGGAAGUGUGUGGACGAAGGAUGAUAAAGAAAUAAACUCUUCAAACCUCUUGAAGAUGAUACGACAUACGACCAAUCUCACUUUAUGGUUUGAAAAGUGCAUAGUAGAAACUGAAAAUUUGGAGGAAAGAAUUGCAGUGGUCAGUCGCAUAAUUGAGAUCCUGCAGGUUUUCCAAGAGCUAAACAAUUUUAACGGUGUGCUGGAAGUGGUUAGUGCCAUGAAUUCAUCUCCUGUUUAUCGACUAGAUCACACAUUUGAGCAAAUAGCAAGUCGGCAAAAGAAAAUUUUGGAGGAAGCUCAUGAAUUGAGUGAAGAUCACUAUAAAAAGUAUUUGGCCAAACUCAGAUCCAUUAACCCUCCAUGUGUGCCUUUCUUUGGAAUAUAUUUGACAAACAUUUUGAAGACUGAGGAAGGUAAUCCUGAUUUCCUGAAGAGACAUGGUAGAGAAUUAAUAAACUUCAGUAAGAGAAGGAAGGUUGCUGAAAUAACAGGAGAGAUCCAGCAAUACCAAAAUCAACCAUACUGCUUACGAGUAGAGCAAAACAUUAAGAAGUUUUUUGAAAAUUUAAAUCCAAUGGGAAAUAUAUUAGAGAAAGAAUUUACAGAUUACUUGUUCAAUAAGUCUUUGGAAAUAGAGCCUCGGAAUGCCAAGUCUUUACCUAGAUUUGCAAAGAGGUUUAACUACACACUGAAGUCUCCUGGUGUCCGGCCAUCUAACCCUCGGCAUCCAGGAUCAGGAACCUUGCGUGGGCAUCCUACACCACUACUGCAGGAACCACGUAAAAUCAGUUACAGCCGCAUCACAGAAAAUGAGACUGAAAGUACAGCAUCAGCACCAAACUCUCCGCGUACACCUCUGACACCACCCCCUGCUUCAGCAGCAUCCAGCUCAACAGAUGUCUGCAGUGUAUUUGGGGACUCUGAUCCAGCUAGUCCUUUCAAUUCAAGCAGUGAUACCAUAUUUUCCCCCGUUUCACUGGCCCAUGGCACAAGAUCACAAUCAAUCUCUUCAAUAAUGAGUUGCAAUAAAACUGCUGAUGAAACACACAUGCCUCCUCCUAUUCCACCACGUAGACGACCUGAAUCAGCUCCAACAGAAUCAUCCCCAUCUAAGAUCAAGUCAAAACAUUUGGAUAGCCCACCUGCUAUACCACCUCGACAACCCACAGCUAAGGUUUACUCACCUCGAUAUCCAUUGUCUGAGAGGUCAUCGAUUUCAGAACCUCCUGACAGUCCUCCCAGCUUGCCACCUCGAGAGCCCGUACGAACACCAGAUGUAUUUACAGUCUCACCUUUGCCUUUGCAACCUCCUCCAAUGGGUAGAAAAACUGAACUGCCCAACACUUUCUUCCCUAAUUCACCUACUCCUUUUACUCCACCACCUCCUCAGAUGCCCUCACCACUUGGAACCCGCAGACAAUUGCCAUCUCCUCCUUUGCCACAAGAAGACAUUGGCAUUACAGCAGGACCACCUGUUCCACCAAGACAGAGCUCCACAUCUCAAACAAUUCCAAAGCUUCCACCAAAAACCUAUAAAAGGGAGCACACACAUCCUUCAUUCCAUCGGGAUGGACCACCUCUGCUGGAAAAUGCCCAUUCUUCUUAGCUAUAAAAUAUCUACAUUAAACACUACAAACUCAUGGAAACUGCAGAGGAUGCAGCAUAGGGAGUUUAUGAGAUGGGUGGAAUCUAAAUGUCUCAGCUAUAGGAAUACAGUUAAAGCUUGGACUGUGGCAGAGACUGGAGUCUCCAUCUAUUUGCCUUCUCUGUUUGCAUUUAGGCAGUGAAGAACGAUUUGGAUAGUUACAUGUAAAAACUGAACCAUGUUGACUUGGCCAGUAACUGAGAAUGCCGUUGUGGGGUUGUUAUACCAGUAAUAAAGUUGUAUCAACAAUGAAGGUCGACCAUUGAUAUCAACUGUUCAACAAGACAUUUCUUUGAGGAUAAAGUGGCUUGCACCUUCAACUUAAAACACAGGAUUGAUGUUUCACAUAAUCAUGCCUUGUUUCAUUUCUGAAAAUGCAUUUUUGGUACCUAGAAUAUUGAGGAAAUACUAGCUCUGCAGAGUGGUAACUAUAAAACUUCUUGAAAUGUGGGUACCUGCUACACCAAAGAAGCACAUUCUUUGUGAAAGUGAUUCAAGAACAAGUCAGACCAGAAAAAUCCUUCAAUGAGAAUGUAGCACCUAUCUCCAUUAAACAAAGGAAAGUGAAUUUUACCCAAUGCAGUAAAAUGUGGAAACUAAUCAUUUCUACAUUUACAUUUUCAGUGGGCUCGGACAUAUUAUUCUCUUAAAUUUGCAAUUACUGACUUAAGUCAAGUGACAACCCCAUUUCAUAACAUCACUGCAGUUUCUGAAAUUAUAUGGCAGACUGGAUUAUUUCAUAAGAUUCAACCAGAUAAUUGGCUAUGAUAAAUAUAAAUUAUUUAUUCAGAUUGCCAAAUGUUCCCAUACCUUGCACCAGCUUGAGUUGUACGAUACAUAAGGUAAAGGAGGUUGAUGCUGGAACAGAAUUAUAUACACUCUGUAUAAGUGAACAAAAUACCCUGAGUUUUUUUAGAGGCAAGAUGCUGUUGAAGUAGCUUAUACUGUUUAAUGUAAAUUGGAUUGUAGAGUAAUUACCUGUGAUAAGAGUAAUAAAUAUGACACACUGUAGUGCAUAAGAAAGCUUUGUACUGAUAACCACAUAAUUUAAUAUUGUAGUGGCUGUUCUUGGCUUGAUUCCAUAUCCUCUAUGAUAAGUAGAAUGUGUUCUUUCAGUCUUUACUGAAAUCAUCAUCUUUGCCUUAAAAAAAUUCCUGUAGGCUUAUCAUUUAACAUUUUCAAAACACCAUUUUUUUAUAAAUUAGUCGGAAUUAUCUGUUCUCGUUUUCACAUCAACUACAUUUCUAUUUAAAACAUAUCCUACUGUCCCAUGAAAGAUGGUAACUAAUUUCUGCUACAGUUGUGUGCUGUUCAUCUCACGCAGCCUCAAAUAACUCUCAUUGAUAUUACAGCAAUUGCAUAGGGGUCAAAAAAAGGAAUGCAGGAUGUUUAUGAUGGAAAUUAUUUCAUUUUAUUCAAGCAAUGGUGGGUGGAGCAUGGGACUUAAUAGCAAGCCUCAUCCUGAACUGUGGUAUUUACAAAUGUAGAUCCAAAUAGAAACCAAAUGUUAUUAUUGAUCGAAAAGUAAUGAUGUUAUGAUCUGGGUUACUCUUCAAGCUUCAUUCCAGUGUCUUACAUUGUGGUCUGAAUAAACACACCUAAUGCAUGCUAAUUUUUAAAUAAAUCAGUUUAUUGCCUCUACAAUAAAUAAAUUCACCUAAACUUAAAUAUACUGUACUUAAAUAGAUUUCAUAUUGUAGGUUAUUAUGCUUUACGCAAAUAUUUCAGCAUAUAUGGGACAGGCAAACAACAUAAACAUGCUAUAAUUUCAGCAGACCUUUUUAAGCACUUAGAUAUGCCAGUGGCUACUUUUUGUUCAGUUAACCAAUUGAUAUUGAUAGGGCUGCCAAAUCUAAACUGUUAUGGGUAUUUUCAGUAUAUAGCCCUGAAUAAAAGGCUUAAUUGGCAUUAAAUAAAACUGUUUUUGAACAAAAGUUCAGUUUGUGGUGUUUUCAUUGAUUCUGUAAAUUGGUAAAAUGCUGAAGGGCUGCCAAAGGUGUGGGUAUAAAAUGCAAAAUGAAAUUUGCCACAGAUUUGAUAUACACACAAUUUUGAGUCAUGAGCUAAACAGGUUAUAAACUACUGAAUCAUUGUCAGCUUGUUAUCAAAACAUUAAUGCUGAAUAAUGAAAGAUUUAUAUUUAAGCCCAUUAAUCCGGUAGUUUUGGAUGUAAAAUACUUUUAGUUUCAUAAAUGCCAAUGUCAUUCAGAAAACCUCUGCAUAUUGACCCUGGUCAAGAUUAGUUCUAUCUUUUCACUAGUUGAUUUUUUUUUCUUUACCCUGAAGAAUGCUUAUUGGAUCUUUUAAAUCAAGCAGCACACCUUAAACCACUUGAGAAUAAUAUGCAUGCUGUUUUCAUUUUAAUAAUGAUCCCACUGUGAAAGGCAGUGAGUGCACGGAAAGCAAAACUUGGGGAAUAAUUUUAAAAGCAUUCAAAGGGAAACUCUAAUGAAAAAAGUAUGAGCAGUGAAAAAUUGCAUAUCAGUUGCUUUCAUUUUCAGGGUUACAUACCAGUUGGAAAACACUAUUACCAAUGUGUAGUUCAGUUUUUAUGGUUAAUAUCAAUUGGUUGUGGUUAGGCAAAUGAGAGAAAGCACUUGUGAAAAAUAUGGUGAAGGCUUAACUCACUACAAGCUAGAAUCCAUAGCUGUUAUCUCAACUGCAGGUGACAAAUGAGACACUUUCCCUUUCUGUAUAUCUUAUAUAGAUAAUUAUCAAAGUUACAUUUAUUACAUGUCACUGAAUGCAGUAAAAGACUGUUAAGUUAAAUUCUUAUUUGUUUUAACAAAACUAUUUGUUUAUAAUUUUUCUAUACUCUAUAAUUCUUUAAAAUUUUAUAUUUGAUGACCACAAGGCAGGGAUAGAAAUACAUGGGAUUUUUUUUACAAAAAGAAUGGCCAACUCUGUAGAUUUGCAAAAGUUGCAGUGUCUCCUGAUAAACGUAUUAAGUUUUCAAAAUAUAUUUUGUAAAAUAUAGGAACAUUCACCCCCUUGAGCACAUUCCACCAUAGAGCUACAUCAUAGUUGAUCUGUACCUCAUCUUCAGUUAUCUGCUGCUCGAUGUUCCUGUUGGGGGAUAAUAAACUGAAUGAGCCUUCCUUCGUAGAAGAAAAUAUUGCAGCAAAUUACUGCAACAAGGCUGGUGAUCCUUGAUGCAUCAGACAAAACCUGUUUCAGCCUGAGUGAUUUGCUUUGGUUUAAAUGAAGUCAAUUAACCUGUGACUGAAUGUGUAUUAAUGCGCACUGUACUGUUUGUGUCGGGCGCACGUCAGUUUUAGUAGCUGCCAAAUGUGCCUUUUUUAUUACAUCUCAAUUUUCUUUUCUGACCUUCUGAGCUUAAUCUUUUUAUUUUUGAACUGAGUUGGGGUUUGUAUUUCCAAACAGGUGCAAAGAAAAUAAGCCUUUCUACAAAUGUAAAAUGUACAUACUGGUGGUAAAAUUUAUUGUAUAUAUGUAACUUGUUUCAAUGGCAUGGUUAUUUGCAGCUUCAAUUAUGUGUAAAGAUUAGAUAAAGUUGACCAGAUUUAAGAACAAAGCGAUAAUCUUUCUGGCACAUCUAAUAUGACCUGUGUACUUUAACCUUGUCUGUAGUAUUUAGUAUUCUCUGUUAGGAAUAACAGUAUUCAUUUUGUAUUUAAGUAUAAUAAUUGAUAUAUUUUUCCUUGUAUUGAUUACACUGAGAGGUAGUCAGAAAGAAUGAGAGCAAGUAUAUGAUGGCUAAGCAAUGUUUGACUUAAGAAAUGGAAGCCAAGGAAUAUAUUCACAACAAAAAUAAAAUAGAUUUUGCCUUAUGAACUCUCAUCCAAAGUGUAUUGGACUGAUGUAUUUUUAAUGUGUUAAACCAGGAUGUUUUGUUUCUUUCUUGGGGCAAUUAUUUUUAAAGAAAUCUUGAGUCUUUUUUCAACUGGUAUGUAAAUCCUAGAAUCUUUUGCAAUGGGAGUUUUUGCAGUUGCCUAAUUGUUGUGUGUAAUUGGGUUUUAUUCUUUUUAAAUGGUUAUGUUAAAUUUCCAGGUGUCAAAUGUUCUGUUUCCUUUUAAUUUAUAUUUUAAAAAACUGUAUAUUAAAAGUCUUUGAAUCAUU